AUGGGUCUAGCUUCUCAAAACGUUCUAGGGGCAGCAUCUAUGGCCAAUAAAACUGGGAAGCAUCCUGGUCAGCUUAAAGAUGAUGUUACAUCACCUGGGGGAACAACUAUUACUGGUAUUCAUGAAUUGGAGAAGGGUGGAUUUCGUGGAACCCUAUUGAAUGUUGUUGUUGCUGCUGCAAAGCGCAUCCGAGAACUUUCCCAGAGCUAA